AGCGGGUCUCUAGUCCAUAUCCAGUUGGUCCAGGCCCAUCCAAGCCUCUGUGAGAUUGGAUUGAACCAGGAGGAAAACCAGACCCUGAUCCAGGAGCAGCAGCAGCUGAUGGAGAAACUCAAGAAACAUGAGGGAGAAGUGCUGGCGGCGGUGAGCCAAAAGAUGGAUCAGAGGAGGAAGAGGAGGGAUGAAGGGAUGAUGGAGCGAAACAAGAAAAAUGAGGAGGAAGAGGGAGUUCACAAGGCCAUGGUGGAGUCUCUGAGCGAGGGGUGGUCGCUGCUCCUUCACCUGCUCGAGAAACGUCAGGAAGUCCUGAUACUGGCUUCAGACUUUUACCGCAGAGUGCUAGAGUUUUCUGUCAGUAUUGACAGAGUUGAGGAUCUACAGCUCAGACCAGAUGACGACAGACUGACUGAAAUUCAGCUCACGUAUGACUCCAUGAGGAGAGAUCUUCUGGGAAAAUCCCUGCAGGUUUUAACCAGCAGCAGCGUCCUGCUGCAGAAACUCAGACAGCUGCAGAGGACCGAGGCCCUCCAGAGGAGAGGCGGGGUACUGCAGGAUGAGGAGGACCAUGGAGAGGAAGAGGAGAGUUCCCAGUGCAGGUUGGGGGUGGCAUCGAGGCUGGAGGAGCUGGUGGAGACACUGCAGGAUAGAAGGAGGAGGGCGGACCAGGCUGUCAGGCUGCAGCUCCUGAGGGUGGAGAACAGCAUCAGAGAGCAAGAGUCCAGACCAGAAAGCUCUGAAAACUGGACUCUCACAGUUGACAAAAUCCUGGUCCAGAACCCGCAGUCUGAAUCCACAUCAGCAGAGAGCGCAGACCUGCUGUCAGAUUCCAGAAUAAAAGAAACGACAGACCGUCAGGCUGGAUUCAGAGCAGAUGUGAGGCCUGGAUCUCAAUCAGAGGAGACCACAAACUUUGAGACGGUAUCCAGGUCAGAUCUAAAGCCUGGAAUCAAAUUAGAUAGGAUUGAAUCUAGAUCAGAGCAAACCAGAGAUGUGGAGCUUGAAUUCAAGUUAGAAGAGACCAGAAACUCAAAGUCACGUUCCAGAUCAGUUCUGAAACCUGAAUCCAGAUCAGAGGAAAACAAAGACCUUCAACCUGAAUCCAAAGAUGAUGUUCAAGCUGGAUCUAGGUCAGAUCUGCAGCCUGGAUUCAGAUUAGAGCCAAGGCCUGUACCUAGACUAGAGGAAAUCAGGAACCUGCAGUCCAGAUUCAUCUUAAACCUGAAAGCUGGAUCCAGAUCAGACCUGAAGUCAGAUUCGAAAUUAGAGGAGACCAUAGACCAUCAGCCCGGAUCAAGGUCAAAGGAGACCAAAGAUCUACAGCAUGAAUUCACACCAAAUGUGAAGUCUGAGUCCAGAUCAGAGGAGACCAGAAACCUACAGCCAGGAUCCAGAUUAGAGCAGACCCCUGGAUCUAGAUUAGAGCAAAUCAGAGAUAUAGAGCCAGAGGAAACCAGAAACUUAGAGUCAGGAUCUAGAUCAAAUAUAAAGCCUGAAUCCAGAUCAGUUCCAAAGCUUAGAUCUAGAUCUGAGGAAAACAACAACUUGCAGUCUGAAUCCAAAUCAGAGAAGAUGGUGAAGCUCCAGUUAGGACCUGGGACAGAUCUGAAUCAUGGAUCCAACUCAGAAAGAGACAGAAACCUGCAGUCUGGAUGUAGAUCAGAUCUGCAGUCACAUUCCACCUCAGAGGACACCAGAAACACUGAGCCAGAAUCCAGAUCAGAUGCAAAGUCAAGAUCCAGAUUAGACCUGCAGCCUGAAUCCAGAUCAGAGAAGAACAUAGACUUGCAGUUUGAAUCCACAUUAGCAGAGAGCAAAGAUCUGCCAUCUGAAUCCAGAUCAGAUGAGACCAGAGACCAUCAGUCUGGUACCAUAUCAACUCUGAAGACUGAAUCCAGAUCAGAGGAGACCAUAGACCUGCAUCCCCAAUCGAGAUCAGAGGUGACCAGAGUCCUUCACUCUGGCAUCAUAUCUGUUCUGAAGCCUGGAUCCAGAUCAGAGGAGACUAGAAACCUGCAGCCUGGUUCCAGAUCAGAUGAACUGCUGGGAUCUGGAUCUGAUUUGGAGCCUGGAUCCAGAUCAGAGACUGAAGACAUCAGUUUGUCCAAAUUGAGCAGGAAACAAGAAAAAACCAAACAGCACAGACCUGCUACAACCAGCAGUGGGCAGGUGGCAGGACAGGAGAGCAUGCUGGGAAAGGAGAGUCAAAGUGGAGAAGACCACACCCAUCGAGUACCCCUGACCAGUCAGCAGCAGCAGCUGCUGUCGUCAUGUGAACACCUCAUGGACAAGGUGUGGACUUGGGUGCAGCAGGGCAGGAGUGUGUUGUCUAACAGCUCUGAAGCAGGACAGCAACUCUCUGAAGCCGAAGAUGCUCUGAACAAACACCUGCAGCUGCACACACAGGCUGAGUCUGCAGGUCACGAUGCAGAAAACUUGAAGCAGAUCGUGGAUCAGAUUCAAGCUCUGCACACAGAUCCAACUAGCAGAACCAGUCCCCGGCCUCCAAGUGAACCCAGCAGGCAGCUGUCCCCUCUGAAGGCCCUGACAGAGCAACUGAAGAGAGGCGGCACCGGAGGGCAGACCAGAACCAGCACUGCUCGGCCUGGUCCACCUGCUCCUGACUCAACCGGCUCACUGAGUCCUGAACUUGCUGGUCGAGUUGAUCUGGUCCUGAAGGAGCUGCAGAGUCUGAACAGGAAAAUUGAUUCAAACCUGCAGCUGCUGCAAACUUACGUCACUUUCCUCAGAACAGCACAGCAGGUGGAGGAGAGGAUGGAGGAACUGAGGGAGAUCUACAGGAGGCGGCCAGAAGAAGAGGAAGAGGAGGAGCAGGAGAAGCAGGAGGAGAGGGAAGCUGGUAGUAGUAACAUCAAGACUACCACCAGUUCUGUGUCACCACAGAAAAAGAAGCGAGUUGAGGCCUCCUGGCAGGAAACACUGCAGAGGAUCCUCACUGCUCAGGAGCUGGGAGACAACUAUGUCCACGCUGUCACCAUG